GAGGAGGAGAGCAUGUAGGCUGGCAACACGUCGUGUUUCCUCAGACUUCAUCAAGUCCAAGAAAUGACAUCAAACAAGCCAGCAGCAGAAUCAGCUGUUUCAGUUUUUACUGUCAUUUACUGACUCUGUCUCAUAAGUUUAUGAUAACGACCGUUUUCAUCACAUCACACUGUGACUUAAACACCGCAUUGUUUGCUGGAAACGUUCACAUUUCCAUUAGAGGAAGAGAACAGCUUUAUGUCGAUAUAAAACAGCUGUUUCCGGUUCAGGCGGCCUCGCUGCUUCCUCCUGACUGAGGAGAAACCGCUGCAGCAGGACGGGAGGCUGAUGAGCUGCUCCGGUGUCUUUCUUCAGGUUUUCUCUGCUUCAUUCCGCGUUUUACGGAGUAUUUGAUCCCAGACUGAAGCGGUCAGACGGGCGGGAGGAUGUCCGUGGCCGGACUGAGGAAGCAGCUCCACAAAGCGUCUCAGCUUCUCAGUGAAAAGAUCAGUGGAGCAGAGGGAACGAAGCUGGAUGAAGACUUCCUGGAGAUGGAGAGGAAAAUCGAGGUUACCAACAAGUCGGUGUUUGACCUCAUGUCCAAAACAACAGAAUACCUGCAGCCAAACCCAGCUUCUCGAGCCAAACUGAACAUGCUGAACACAGUCUCUAAGAUCCGUGGACAGGUGAAGUCCACCGGCUACCCUCAGUCUGAAGGCCUGCUGGGCGAUUCCAUGCUGCGCCACGGCCAUGAACUGGGACAGGACUCUGCAUUCGGUUGUGCUCUGGUGGAUAUGGGUGAGGCUAUGAGGCAGAUGGCAGAAGUAAAGGACUGUCUGGACAUAAAUGUCAAACAAAACUUUAUUGACCCUCUGCAGAAUCUGCAUGACAAGGACCUUAAAGAGAUCACGUUCCACUUGAAGAAGCUGGAGGGACGCAGAUUAGACUUUGACUACAAGAAAAAGCGUCAGGGAAAAAUCUCAGAUGAAGAGAUUCGACAGGCUGUGGAGAAGUUUCAAGAAAGCAAAGAUCUGGCCACGAGGAGCAUGUUCUACUUUCUGGAGAAUGAUGUGGAGCAGGUGAGCCAGCUGUCUGCACUGAUUGACGCGGUCUCAGAGUACCACAAGAGGUCGUGUGAAAUUUUGGAGGCGCUCAGCCAAAGCCUGCGGAAGAGGAUUUCUGCAGCCAGCAGCCGGCCCAGGAAAGAGUUCAGACCAAAGUCAGUGAGGAGUAGCAAGGAGACCCUGUUCACCAGCCAGCAGAAUGGCCGAACCUACAGCUCCUCACACAAAGCCAUGGCUGAUCAUGUGACCUCUGUUCCCCUGUCAUGGCCGGAGAGCAGCCCCACCCAUGCCGACAUUUACCCUGCAGAGUGUGAGGAGCUGGACCAGCCGUGCUGCCGCUCCCUGUAUGACUUUGAGCCUGAGAACAGCGGUGAACUGGGCUUUAAGGAAGGUGAUAUCAUCAUCCUCACCAACCAGAUAGAUGAAAACUGGUAUGAAGGCAUGAUCGACGGUGAGUCCGGCUUCUUUCCCAUCAGCUAUGUGGAGGUCAUCGUCCCGCUGCCUCAGUAAGGACGGACCAGCCCCCCUCGCCUUAUCACACUCGGCCUCCGUCUCAAACUCAAGUCACUGCUGAAGUUGCACAAAGACGGGAAGUAAAACAUUUUGCUUCCUUAUCUUCAAACCAAAGCAGAGAAGUUGUGGAACCUGAAGCCAUUAACGCCUCUGCCUGGUUGGACCACUCAUGUCUUUUAAAUCUGGUUAAACUGGUACGGCUGGGAACACCCGUCCUCCACUUGAGGAGUUUACCUCGUCCACUGACUGCUUGCUUUUCCUCCAGCCAGCUGUAGGAUGUCUGCACGGAAAGAUCACAACUAACAAACUUUCCUUUAUUUUCAUUUAGGAAAAAAUUCAGGAUGUUUCGUGUACAAAUGUCUAUCACAUGAAUCAGAAAAUGAAGUAUUAUCUUGAUGUUGGCUGACUGGUAUUACACACAGCACCUUUUAUUCACAAUUUUUAUUAUGAUUAUUAUUUCUAAAGUUAGAUAUAUUUGAGUGUUAAGUGUGUAAAUACCUGAACAGUGGAAUCUCAUUUUAGCUGCUAAUGAACAAAGACAGUUAAAAUAAAUAGAAAAAAACGUUCUUGAAUAAAAAUUAUAAUCUGAAUUUAGAAGCACCGAUAUGGCCGUCGACAUCUUUUUCUCUAUUUUCAGCUGAAUACAAGCCUUCUUUUUUAGUUUAUUAUAUCUUUUGAUGAAUUUAGUUAGCCAGUUGGGAUGUUUUAAGCAUCUCCAAACAUAACUCAGAUAUCUAAUAUUCUACUCCUUUUUGUUUUGCUGUCUUUACCGGCCAUAAUUCUGAGCUCGGACUGAAAUUAGGAGCAGAGAGACGUUGUUAGAACAGCUGAUGUUUUUCCUUAGCAGCAGGUUGAAAAACAGGCGAACUUGUCACGGAUGUUCAGCUGUAGUUCAGCCUGAAUCUCUCAUUCAGGUUGUUGUUUGCAGAUAUUAAAAGAUCAUUUAGCUUUUGUGCCAUCCUUAAAUUUAGUACCCCAUGGUGACCUUUGUGGCCAAAAGUGCCCACACACAAAACUACUAUAAAAUCAUCAAACAUUAAGAGUUUUUCUGCUUUUUUUUAUAAAUCAUCCUUCAUCCUGCUAAUACCAAACAUUCAAUCAUUUUUAGGGUUUUAAUCUUUAAAUGUCUGUUUGAAUAUUUAAAUUACCAUCUCAUUCAUCACCAAAAAAGCCCCAAAAACUAAAUUACUUUCCAUAUAAUAAAUUUUGGAAGGUCGUUGGUGGUGGUUAGAUACUUGCAUAUGUCUAAGAUUAUCAACAAAACAAACAUUCAAUCAUUUUAGGACUUCAACCUUUGAAAUGCCAGUUAUUUGAAUUAUUACUUAUUUCUGAAAAACAUAGAAAACAUGGAAUAUUUUCUAUAAAAUAAAUAUUACAGGGAUGAGGCUUUGGUUGUGAUUAGGGUCUUGGAUAUGUCAGAGAUCAACAACGAAACUGAUUUGAUGUCAAUUAUUUUUUUAUGUAGCAUCAGAUACUUCCUAUAGUGACCUUCAUGGCCAAAAGUGUCCUAUUAAUGUCCAUUAAAACUACACAUUUUAUUCUGCCUGUCAUAACAGUUUAAAACUAUUUAUUCUGCUAUGUCAGCUUUUUAUUUGGAAGAAAUGCUCCAAUAUUUAAUAUUUCUACUGGAUUCCAACAUAUUCAACUGGUUUUCUUCUGUAGGCAGAUGCAGGAAAUUCAGGUGUUUUUGACAGUUACAUGAUUUUCUUUACAUGCAUGGGACCAGUGCGAGGUCAGAAAGGAUUGGCUGGUAGAAACCAGAAAACUUCCUGAACAGAAAUCCUGCCUUUCUUCCAGAUUGAAGAGAUUCAUGUGGAGAUGAUGAAGCCAUUUCUUUUCAUCCACAUCUCAUGGUUUAUUGUCUGGAUUUAAUGAGCUGCUCUCUGAUUACCUUCAUUCAUCCACAUCCACGGGCACGUUUGUUGUGGAUUACCUAAGAUGGUUCAGGCGUUCGGUUUGAAUUGUACCUAAGAUGGUUCAGGCGUUCGGUUUGAAUUGUACCUCCACAUGAAGUAACCUGGAUAACUCUUCUGUUCCUUUGCUUUGGGUCUUUUUCUUGCUUGGCUUCAUUUCAGCCGUUUCUGUUUCCAGGACCCAACAGUUUCUUAAAUAAGUAGUUUGUGUGGUUAUUAUGAAUAACAAAAAUAAUGUUAAGCCAAGUUGUGUGACCCAGAUGCAGAGCAUUAUAUUAGUGUUGAUUUAAAGGCACUCAGAAUAUAUUUAAGACAUGUUUUUAUAAUUUUGCACAUGUGAAGCCACUGUGUCCGGGGUUGAUGUAUGAAACUAUGAAACCUUGUUUGUUUACCUGCUGAACUGCCUGAAUGUGUUUUUCCAGCUGGAAUGAAUUGAUCCCUCAUAUCACUGCUUUUUAAGAUGUUUUCCGUGUUGCACUGAAGCUUCAGCGUCAAACGUGUCAUGUAACUUUUUCUUUCGCAUUGAUGCACUUUGUGUUUUUCAGAUCUGGCUGAUCAUGUGAUCAGACAGAUUUAUAACCACAUCUGUCUAAUGUGAAUUAAUCCGUGGUUGUUGUGUGACAUGUAGGACCAGAGGCUGUUUUAUUUCUGUGUGAAUUUGUCUUAUUGGCCAGUCAGAAGACCAAAGACGUGAUGGCCUGAAUUUAGUUAAAACUGGUCAAACUGUCUGGUAAAAGCUACGUAUCAUGAGACUGUAAAUGAGCUCGCAAAAAAGUAAAGAAAACCAAAAGCGUUUCUUUUUUUAAGUUUUCUUUACCAUGUUUGGAUCUUUUUUUCUCCAUGCUCCUGUUUUCCUCUUCAGUUGCUGAAAAUGUGGACUGUGGGUCCAGAUCAGUGAUUCACUCACGACCUGAAGACCGACAGCAACCAAACAUGGAUCAAUGCAAAGAUAAAAUUCCUUGAAAAUAAGAUGAACAAAUAUUUCAUGAUGGCUGUAAUUUAAAAAAAAUAAAAACCACAUUCUCAGAAAAGAUGGAAAAUUUUCUAAAGUCUAGUGAAAACUUGAGCUUUUGAAUCUUUUUAUUCAUGUGACCCACAUAACCACUAACGUCAUAAUUUUGGCCAUUUUAUAUGUAAAUAUAAUAAUGUAAUAAUUUACCAAUAAUCUAAUACUGUUUUUGAGCCAGUAACAUAAGCCAGUAUAAUAAG